UCGUUUACUUCCUCUUUACCCUUUAACUUGGAGGAAAGAUAUCUUGAAUAUGGAGGUUCCAGGGAAGAAACUGCAAGCAAGACAAUCUGCAGAGGAAACAUCCUACUGCCAGCCCUGUGAGGAAGAUGAUGAAUUCCUCCCUGCUGAGUUCUACUGUCCAGUCUGCAAAGAGUUCUUCUGCUCUAACUGCUCAAGAGUCCAUAGAAAACAGAAAAUGACUAGAUCUCAUUUCCUUUUUGACAAAUCAUAUUUUCCCACAUCUAUCGGUGAUCAUGAAGUUGAAUAUGAAUGCACAGUACCUUGUGAUAUCCAUCCGAAAGAGUCUAUCAAAUACUUUUGCAGCACCCAUCAGACCCUGAUUUGUGGACACUGUUCAGUACAGAAUCAUCGAUCAUGUCAGGCUGAUGUCAUAUCAGAUAUAUCCAAUGCCUUUAAAGAUGUCCAAGAGCAUGGAGAUGUCAUUAAAACAAUUGCCAGGUUAUUUGAAGACAUAGAUUUAUGCGCGUCUGUUGUGGAGAAAAAUGUUGACGUUGUAGCAAAGCUUGGUGAAAAUGAAGUUGAAAAGCUGAGAAGAUACCGUGAGGAAGUUAACAAGUAUUUUGAAGAACGAGAACAAGCACUGUUGAAGUUUAUAGAGAAGACGAAACACAUGGAUGAAGAACUUCUAGGGUCUCUGAAACCGAAAUAUACAAAACUUAAGUCCAAGCUAGAUGAAAUAAAAGUCACACUUGUAGCGAAAGAAAAAAAUAUGAUAGAUUUGUUCAUUGAGACCAAAAGAGCCAAGAAACUGUUGGAGGGUCUGCAGAAUGACCUCGCUGACAUUAACAAGGAAAACGUAAUUCACCACUACGAAUUCAGAAAAGAUCCAGCCACAGAGCGUCUUAUUGCAUCUUACACUGGCAUUGGGACAUUAGAAAACAGUAUGGCUCAAAACAUAACCACAUCAGCAGCGAGCGGCAAUGGCAUAAUAGGACUUACAGUUCAAGGCGAUGGCAAAUUGGAAACCAUAUCUCGAAGGGAAACCAUAGCAACGCGUGAACCUACAGUGAGUCAGGACUCUGUAGACCUGUCAAUAUUACGGUUUACACCAGCUGUGGACAUCCCAGUCAAAUCUCAAACUGACAAAAGGAUUUAUUUUCUGCCAAGCAUGCUUCACCUUGCCGGGUCCAGACUUCUGAUGACUGACUAUCACAACAACAAAGUUAAGUUGGUGGACAUGCACACCAACAGCCUGGUCUCCGAGAUCAGUGUACCUGGUAACCCGUGGGACAUUUGUCAUCUUCCCGAGGACAAGGUGGCUGUUACUACGAUCCACAAAGGUAUUCAGUUCCUGGAAACUAGUGGACAACUCGCUCUUGGUGACCGUAUCGAAGUGGAUGGUGAAUGCCGAGGUAUUGCUCACCAUGCAGAUAGGUUGAUAGUAUCCUUUUUCCAUGGAAAAGUAGCGGUACUGAAUAUGAAUGGGUUUGUUGUAAGACAAAUAGAAAGGGAUAGUAAUGGAAAGGAACUGUUCAAAUGUCUUCUCUUCUUAACAGUGGUGUGUGAAGGUUCGACUGCUUUCAUUUACGUAUCAGACAUGCGCAGGAACACAAUCACAAAGCUCGACAUGAACCUGAACAUCAUCAAGACGUUCCACGACCCUGCAUUGAAGAAGCCAAGAAGUAUCACGGCAGUCGGGAAUCAACUGUUAAUCUGUAGUUGUGGAAGUAGCACCAUUAUGAGCCUUCACUUGUCCACUGGUCAGAUGACAGAACUGACGGGGAGGAAGGAGGGGAUAACAAAUCCACUGUUUGCCUACUACUGUCCACAACAGAGCACACUUUUUGUCACGGAACAAGCGAACAAUUCAGUAAAGGUGUACCAUACAAAUGUUGAUGAAGCCAAUGAUAGAUACGACGACUCCGACGAGUUCAUGUUUGUGUUAUUCGGUGAUGGCGAAGAUGACCACACUGCUCCAUCGCAUAUGCAGUAA